UCCAAGAAGAAGAUGAAAGGAAUCAAAUCCAAAUAACGGCAGCUAGAAAAUGCCACCGCCAUCGCAGCCUGCUCAAGUCAAGAACAAGCUCCAUUUCUUCUAUGGCCAUCGCAAACCCACGCAAAACCGACCCACCGUUCGCGGCGGCCUCUUCUCCAAUCGCGAAACCCUAAACCCUAAACCUCUAUCCCGAUUGAAUCCACCCAUCAACUACGACAUUCAAAGAUGGGACCCAGAUUCACCCAACGCUCUCUCAUUCCAACCCACAAAAACCCCAUCAGAGAAAUUCUUCAACUUAGCUCAAAAUCUAUCUCCUAUCGCCCGCUUCAUCGUCGACUCAUUCAGAAAACACAAAAGUUGGGGGAAACCAGUCAUGGAUGAUCUAAACAAGCUGAGGCGAGUCACGCCUAAGCUGGUAGCUGAAGUGGUGAAAUUUCAGACGGACGCGAGAAUGGCAGCUAAGUUCUUCUAUUGGGCUGGUAAGCAAAAGGGAUAUAGACAUGAUUUCGCAUGUUAUAAUGCUUUUACUUAUUGUCUUAAUCGGAAUAAUGAAUUCCGGUCGGCGGAUCAGGUUCCUGAAUUGAUGCAGAUGCAGGGGAAACCGCCGACUGAGAAACAAUUUGAGAUUUUGAUUAGAAUGCACUCUGAUGCUAAUAGAGGUUUAAGGGUUCAUUAUGUGUAUGAGAAAAUGAAGAAGUUUGGAUUGAAACCUAGAGUUUUUUUGUAUAAUAAGAUUAUAGAUUGUUUAGUGAAAACAGAUCAUUUGGAUUUAGCAAUGUCUGUUUAUGAUGAUUUUAAAAAAGAUGGUCUGGUUGAAGAGAGUGUUACCUAUAUGAUCUUAGUUAAGGGUUUAUGCAAGGCUGGAAAGGUCGAUGAUGUUCUUGAUUUGUUGGAGAAGAUGAGAACGAAUCUCUGUAAACCGGAUAUCUUUGCAUACACUGCGAUUUUUCGUGUUAUGAUUAAGGAAAAGAAUUUAGAAGGUUCAUUGAGGGUUUGGGAGGAAAUGAAGAAGGAUAAGAUAGUUCCCGAUGUUCGGGCAUAUGCGACGUUGAUUAUUGGGUUAUGCAGGGGAGAAAUGGUCGAGAAAGCUUAUAUGUUAUUUGAGGAGAUGAAGGAGAAAGGUUGUUUGAUCGAUAGAUCGAUAUAUGGGUCAUUGGUUGAUGGUUUUGUGGCAAAAGGGAAAAUCAGUUUAGCUUUAGACCUUUUGAAGGAUUUGAUGAAUUUAGGGUAUAGAGCCGAUCUCAAUAUAUACAAUUCUUUGAUUUCGGGAUUGUGUAAUGCAGGUCGAGUUGAUAAGGCUCAUAAGCUUUUUCGAUUCACGGUUCAAGAGUCUCUUCAGCCAGACUUCUUAACCGUGAAUCCUAUCUUGAUUUCUUUCGCAUUGUCUGAUAGAAUGAGCGAUUUCUUUACCUUGCUCCAGCAAAUGAAUGAUUUGGGUCGACCUGUGAUCGACGAUCUUUCGGGUUUCUUUACAUCUCUCGUGGGAGACUUGACUCGGGUUGAGAAGGCACUAGAAGUAUUUGAACACUCAAAAUCAAAAGGGUAUUGUAGUACGUCAAUCUACAACGUUCUAAUCGAGGCUCUACACAAAAUGGGUGAAACCGAAAGAGCUUUAUCGCUCUUCCGAGAACUAACCGAUUCCGAAAAACACAAACCUGACUUAUCAUCUUACAACAUUGCUAUCAUAUGUUAUAGCGAUAUUGGAGAUAUCCAGGAGGCGAGCAUUUGCUACAACGAGAUGAUGAAAAUGUCGUUGUUUCCCUCGGUUGAUGCCUACAUUUCGCUCGUUACUCGACUCUGCGUAACCGGUGAGAUCGACGCGGGUAUGAUGUUGAUACGCGACUGCUUAGCAAACGUAACAAACGGGCCCUUGGAGUUUAAGUACUCGCUCACGAUCCUCUACGCAUGUAAAUCUUCUAAAAGGAUUGAGGAUGUGGUUGAAGUGGUGAACGAGAUGAUUGAAGAAGGUGGGACACCGGAUGAAAUCAUAUGGUGUGCGAUUAUCUCGGGAAUGUGCAAGUAUGGUACCGUGGAGGAGGCGAGGAAAGUUUUGUCUUAUAUGAGGGAUCGGAAACUUAUGACGGAGUCGGAUUUGGUUGUUUACGAUGAGAAGUUAAUCGAUCACAUGAAGAGGAAAACCGCGGAUUUGGUGUUGUCGGGAUUGAAGUUCUUUGGUUUGGAAGGUAAGCUUGAGAGCAAAGGGUUGAAGCUAAGUGAUUGAUUGAAAUCUCAUCUAGCAUAAGAAAUGGAGAAAUUUGAUCUUGUUGUAAUUGAAGGUUGUUACAUAAUCAUUUAUUAAUUUAAAGGAUUAAAAGAAAUUUACUGAAAUGAAUCAAUAUAAAUGAUGAUUUCCUAUUUAGGUCCA